GUUUCCUGUCACUCCCUUGUCAUAUCAGAGCAUGACAGAAUGAAAGGGGGAAGAGAGGAACUAACCAGGCUGAAGUGUUGCAGCUCAGAGCAUUUCCUGUUCUUUAGUGAGGGGCGGGGGGAAUAACCCAAAGCAGCAAAGUGAAUCCGUCCGAAUGAAGAUGACAGUUACAGCAUGUUAGUACUUGAUAACUAAACAGGCAUCUUUUCAUUUGUGCUUCAGCAACAGCAGAGCUGAACUUCUCAGAGCUCACCCAGACCUGCCACGGAAAAGGCAAGGAAAAUACCUCUCUGGUGUAUUUACUAAGUUGUGCACCGUUGGGACUUAUGCAGUGAGCAUGAUGUCUAGAAUUUGCCAAUCGCGUGUCCAGCGCAGUUCUCAUCCUGAGAGUUAUGAAGAAAAAUAUGAGCGCCUGCAGGAGAGGCAUGAAAUCCAGCUUAAAAGGAAAGGUUGGACUAUAUCCCAUCUUAAGGAUAAACACCAAAGGAAAGGGACCGAUAUGCAACUCCAAAACCCACGAGAAAAAGAAUUUUUCAGGAGGAGGAAUGUAAGAAUUGAAGAGCUUGGAAUAACAGAACUUCAGCCACUUCCUGACACCAAAACAUCUUUGAUUACUGAGGAGUCUUGGAGUAAUCAGAUCAUUCUACUUCAUCACAAGGCUAUUCAGUGCGACCUCCGUGAUACUUUUGUAGAUAGCAAAUUGGACUCCUCAUCUGAAAACAAGCCCACUGUGGAAGUUUCUAAAAACUCUAGAGGAACACAAACCACUGUGGAAUCCAGUGCAAUAAAGAAAGAUUCAAGCCAACAGACAGACUGUGAAACCAAAGUUUUUGAUAAGGAAGUGACUCAGCUUUCUAUCUACAUUGAAGAGGCACUAUAUCGAGAGCUACUGCUGAAACGGAAAAUGGUGAAUUUACAGGGGCUUCUAUCCAACUUAUAUCAAGUAGCAGAAAAAUCUUGGAAGGAUCACUUAAACGAAGACAAACUCAAGGACAGAGUGGAUAAUUUGGCAAAUCAGCUUCUGAUUUGCUCUCAGAGGUACUCAAAGCGGAACUUACAAAGAGUUAUUCUGGAUCUUGAAGAUCAAAAGCAGAACUAUCAGCAGAAAACGAAAGAGUCUCUACAGAAGUUGCUUGAAGAGAAACUGAAACUAGAAAGACAACUUGAAAAUGUCCAGAGAACCUUAGCUAUUGUACAGGAAGAGUGUACCCUCUGGAAAGAACAGUGCAGCAUAUUAAAGCAAGACUGGAGCCACCACCCUGGCAAGCAUGCCAAACAAGAAAAUAAGCUUUACAUCCUGGAAAACAAACUUCAGCAGUCAGAGACUCACAACUCUCAGUUGCACCAAAACCUGCAGGACUUGGAGAGUAGUGAACACACAAGUCUGCCUGCAAAACCUGAUAACGCCAAAGAAGGCAAGAGGCUUGCAGUGGAGAACUUCAGUGCCAUGGAAAACAGACUGCAAACUCAAGAAAAAGAGGGCCCCUCUCUGAAAGCAACAAUUAAAUGUUUGCAUGAUGUGAUGCAUAAUCAAUCCAAGGAAAUUACAAUUCAGCAAGAUGAACUGCAAAAGACAGGUCAAUUAAACUGGUAGCAGGAUUUCUGGCCAACCGGGAUGUUAUAAUUGAUAUCAUAUGGAUCACUGAAAAUAGUACAUGCAAGUGUUUUGAGUUAUGAUUAACUUUGCUUUGUUCCAUUUACAGAUGUGUGAUGCACAAUCAGUCUAAGGAAAAUAAAAUUUAGCAAGAUGAACUACAAAAGACAGGCCAGCUAAACUGGUAGCAGGGCCUCUAGCCAACCAAUGUUGUAAUUGGUAUGCUAUGAAUCAUUAUUCACAAGCUGGGUCUGAGCAUACACACCAGCUUUAGAUGUGCUCUUGUGUAAGACCCGUAAUCAUGUAAUGUGUAUCUAUAUGAGACAUUUCCACACACCAGCUUUAAUUGUUCUCUUGGUAUAAAGCUGUGUUUAUUGGAGUAUACAAUAAAUCUUGUUUGCCUGCA